GCGGAGCCUCGGGCUGGGAUCUCCUAUCCCAGGCUGACCCCAACUGCGCGUCCCCGCCUCACCUCGGUGGCCGAGCUACCACUGGUGUGGCGGUCUCUGCUUGGCGGAGGAGUCUUCAGCGGUCACGCGAACCCUCUCCACAGCCUCUUUGAAUCUCGGAUUUCGGGGCGGCCCCCUCCCCCACUUCUCUCUGUACCUCCUUGCACCCCAAUUUGUUCUGCGUUUCUCUCAGGUUUUGCUGCCGUCUAUUUUUGCAUCCCUUUUCGUUUUGCUUCUAGGAGGUGGAGUGAAGCUGCACUCGUACCCCUUCCCCUUUUUAUUCUCCCCUGCUCUGACACCCCCCCCCCUUUUCAUCGCAGUCAGGGGGCCUAGGCUAAUCUGUGCAUCCCACGUCGCGUUGCCAGCAACCUGAAGCGCGUGGCCGUGCUCCCCGGAAUUUGCAGCAGCUGCAUAUCUGAAGGGGGUCUCCCUCGCCCCUGCUGCCUUUGCUCCCGGAGCAUUCCGGUGAGUGGGAGGGGGGCUACAGCGCACGGCAUCCCAGCUUCUCCGUAGCCCCCCGACCCGCGAGGGACUCGUCCCCCGCCGCCAAGAUGGUCACCCAAAAAGAGAAGAAGAGCUGCGGGCAGGUGGUUGAGGAGUGGAAGGAGUUCGUGUGGAACCCGCGGACGCACCAGUUCAUGGGCCGCACCGGGACCAGCUGGGCCUUCAUCCUCCUCUUCUACUUCGUCUUCUACGGCUUCCUCACAGCCAUGUUCACCCUUACCAUGUGGGUGAUGCUGCAGACUGUCUCUGACCAUACCCCCAAGUACCAGGACCGACUGGCCACACCAGGCUUGAUGAUUCGUCCCAAGACUGAGAACCUUGAUGUCACUGUCAACGUCAGUGAUACUGAAAGCUGGGACCAGCAUGUUCAGAAGCUCAACAAGUUCUUGGAGCCUUACAAUGACUCCAUCCAAGCCCAAAAGAAUGAUGUCUGCCGCCCUGGGCGCUAUUACGAACAGCCAGAUAAUGGAGUCCUCAACUACCCGAAACGUGCCUGCCAGUUCAACCGGACCCAGCUGGGUGACUGCUCUGGCAUCGGGGACCCCACCCACUAUGGUUAUAGCACUGGGCAGCCCUGUGUCUUCAUUAAGAUGAACCGGGUCAUCAACUUCUAUGCAGGAGCAAACCAGAGCAUGAAUGUUACCUGUGUGGGGAAGCGAGACGAAGACGCUGAGAAUCUGGGCAGCUUUGUCAUGUUCCCUGCCAAUGGCAACAUUGACCUCAUGUACUUCCCCUACUAUGGCAAAAAGUUCCACGUGAACUACACACAGCCCCUGGUGGCUGUGAAGUUCCUGAACGUGACCCCUAAUGUGGAGGUGAAUGUGGAAUGCCGGAUCAACGCAGCCAACAUCGCCACGGACGAUGAACGAGACAAGUUUGCUGGCCGAGUGGCCUUUAAACUCCGCAUCAACAAAACCUGAGACCCCCUUCCUCCCGCCCCCACCUCUUUCCUAUGGAUGCUUCUGGAAUGUCCCUUUUCCUUUACUUCUAAACCCAGCCUGAUUGAUGUCCAUUGUGAUUCCCCACUUUCACACAUUUUCCACUACCUUCUCCGACCCUAGCUCAGUCAGAGACAGGGAGAUGGGAUCCUGAGAUGGUCAUGGAGGAGCUGUUCUGGUUCUGGUUUAGCUGUGAGUGGGGUGUUCCCACAGCUACCCUCCUAUCCCCUGAGAGAUAUAGAAAAUGCCUCCCCACCUUCACACCCCCACCCACCUACACACACACACAAACACAGUCUCAUCUCACCCCUUAGCUUCCAGACGGGAAUGUGGCACUCCAUUCUUCCGCUCCUCAGCACAGCCGCUGUCACCUUUCUCUAUGUCCCACACUUUCUCCCUACUAUACGCUGUUGCCAUCUUGGUGGCUUUUGACUUAUUUGGUUCCUCUGGUAGGUCUUUCUCCACCUGCUCUCCAUUCCUAUUCUCUUUUCAGGACAGGUGGCUCUGUAGUCUUCUCCCUGUUUGCUGGCACAUGGCACUUCUCAUCCUAAGGGGACUGUGAGCUGGGAGUGAGGGUCUGGAAGAGAGUCUAUGCUGGUCUUUUUUUUUUUUUUAAAUGUAUCUUUAUUGAUUUCAGAGAGAGGAAGGGAUAGAGAGAG